AUGGCUAUCUUUCACAGCGACGAGAGUCUACCCUCUUCACUUCUAAGUCCGGGGUUUAGCCUCAUCGGCGAUUAUGUCGACUCUACGCUUACACAGAUCACCCAAGAUAUAGGUGGUCCGGUCGUCGAUGAUCUUGUUACUUUCGCUCGACAAUUACAAGAGACUGAUCUUGCAGUCUGCAACUCGGAAGACUUCGAAGAUCUCAAUGGAGGAGAGGCCGUUGGUCAUGGAACAACUAUGACUGUCUUCAAAUGCCGAUGGAAGUCCAAAGACAGGGUGGUUGCCGUGAAGAAAAUCAAUCUUGGCAUUCCGUUGGGCAAAUCGAUGCUCGAAGUCCAUGAAGAGGAAUUUCGAGGAUUGCUCAAGUCCCUGUUUCUGGAGCUUCGAGUGAUGAAUCACCCAUGGUUCAAAGCGCAUCCGAACUUCGUUGACCUGUAUGGCGUGUGCUGGGAACAUGUAAACGGCGACGAUGGGAUCAGCAGCCACCGUCCUUCAAUGAUCGUAGAGCUCGCCGAUCAGACGACUCCGACAUUAAAGGAAUUCGUAUCUCAUUCUGGACAGGACUUGACUGAAGAACGGCUAAUCUUUGACUUACUUACGGAUGCUGCGGAGGCAAUCACGAUGCUUCACACUACUAAGAUCGUCCAUGGAGAUCUGAAACCGGAUAACAUACUACUAUUUCCAGCUCCGAAGCGGCUGGUGGCAAAGCUUUCGGAUUUUGGUUUCUGCAGUCCUUUUGUGGAGAACAGGGAUCAAAUCGGAGGAACUUACUAUUGGAAUGCUCCGGAAUGUAUGUCCGAAGCUCCUUCGAAUAUUAGGCAUUUCGCGAAGACAUUGACUCGCGACAUCUACUCUUUCGGAUUAGUCAUGUGGUUCUGUCUGUUCAAAGACAUGCCAUAUGGUCGUGAAGAUGCCGCCACUGAGGGCGAAGUAUCAGAGUGGAAGCUUCACCGAGACCCGUUGGCACAGCUGGAAGAAAAUAUUCUUGCGAAAGCUCCUGGCCUUGUCGAGCUGCAGAGCCCUGCGCAGGCAAAAACCAUGAUUGAAGCCACGUCAUGGGAGAUGCUCUGGUUCCAAAUUUGGAAAGCUAUGGUAGAGAUGUUGAAGAUGCAGCCCGAUUCUCGCAACAUCUCACUUGGGGAGAUGCACCGAGUUCUCAAAAUACCCGAUAGGCAAGAACGACUAAAUGAUACAGGUGGCUCUAAAGCUGUCGAUAAGAGUCGUGUCGACGACAGUACUGGGAUCGCAUUCACUCGUCCUAGCCAGGUCCCUGGAAUGAGUGAAGCCUUGAAGAGUAGAUCAGUGUCCAAGUACGAUGCAUAUAGUCUCAUGCAUCUUCCCCUACAAUUGCAGCAAUACCUCCGACAGCAAUGGCAAAGGGACUGCGACCUCAUUGAUCCAUCAAACGCGGAAAAUCUGGACUUGCUUCUGGUAUUAGCUUCCUGCUUCCGUACUGGCUUCGGCGGUGAAAAGAACUUGGCAAAGGCGAAAGCACUAGAGCUUGAAGCGGCGAACUACGGAUCUGAUGUUGGUCAAAUCAAGAGCUUGACAUACGGCCUGCUCAAUGGCUUCGACUCAUCAAUUACUGCUGAGCAAAAGGUCACAUGGCUCAAAGCCGCACUCGGUACGAUCGGUUUCCUGAAAAGGCCAAUUGCGGACGAAGAACAGAAGCUCAAGGAACACGAGCGGAUGAUUCAAUUCCGUGCUGCGCUAGACGCUGUAUCUGACGACUUCAUUGAGAUUUGCCUUCUCCAUUCAUUCAUCAAGUCACACAUGACAGAAUGGGAAAUCCUGCGUGGCGAAUUCGACGGCGCUGCCCAGGAUCCCGUCUUCUGCUGGGCUGUUGACGGGAAUAUGUUAGGCUUAACUACAGCGCUAGACUUAGAGCCUACGUUAUUGCUUCGCAGGAAAGACGGUUUCACCUUGCUCCAUGUUGCUGUGGAUUAUUGCCAGGAGCACAUUGUGAGAAAGCUGGUACAAGAAUAUCACCUUUCGCCGGAUAUCAAGUCGGAUAUCGGUCUAACACCAAUAGAGCUGGCUGCGAUGACAGGGAGCAUUGAGUGUUUGCGGCUUCUCUUGUCCCUCGGUGCCGACCCAAUGCCGCUUGCAGACCAAGAUAUCUUCACAGAGGUUGCGAUAUCAGGCUCACGAGAGUCUCCAGAACAAUCAAUUGCGAAAGGAAACAGGGUUCUCCUGGCUUCCAUCGUUAGCAUUGUUGAAAAUAUCCACGACGGAUGUCGCAGACCGGGCGAGUCCGGCGCAGCUGUCCAAGACCUGCUGAAUGGACGAUACCAGAUAAGCGUGGAUCAGAUCGAUCAAUGUGGAUCUCCUUUAGAAGUCUGCAUAUCUGUCUCAAACUAUGAUUCAGUAUUUGCACUCCUCGACAUGGGGGCGGAUCCUAACUCCUACAACCACACGCCACCGUUACACGUGGCAGUGGCUCACCGCGAGCCGGUGCUGGCUGCGCUGUUGCUUACGCAUGGGGCAGAUCCAAACCUGAAAGCUGGCCAAAAUGGCGAUCAAGAUACCGCAUUACAUCUCGCAGAUACAACGUCGUUAACUAUAUCUUACGAUCCCCCUAGAAACAAGAUCAUCGGUUACGAGGUAUAUCUACCCGACGAUGUCGCAGCUGUCGAUACGGAAAACGAAUCUGCCAUAGCAGCACGAACUAAAGCCUGCAUUGAUGUGCUGCUCUUCUUCGGCGCGGAUAGUGAGGCUCAAGACCUUAAUGGAAACACACCACUUAUGCGGAGGAUACUGGAAAACGACUGGGGCAUUGCGGAAUAUCUUCUAAGCAAAGGCGCAAGUCUGCACGCGAAAGACUUUGCUGGUGUUGAAGUUAUUGGAAAAGUCGAGUCUCCGGAGGCGGUUGAAUGGUGUGCUGGACACGGCGCAAUAUUAGAGACGUAG